AUGAAAAAUGUAGAUGUAGGUAGUAGACCAGUAACUGGCCUUAGAUUACAAUUGGAAGGGAGAGGAAGCAACCGGUUGGCCAUUCAUCUGCAGCAUCUGGCUUCUCUACCCAAGUCAUUACCACUUGGAGGCUAUGCAACACUUGCAGACAAUGUACCAGUUGCAGACACCGCACAUGUUUAUUUGUCGUGUGACUCGUAUAGCUGCAACUUCCAUAAGAAAGUGAAAUGGAACUGCUUGUCAUAUAUUUGUACUGCUCCUGUUGAAUCGGAUGAUAGUGUUUCCAUUGUCACAGGAGCUCAGUUACAAGUGGAAAAGAAGUGUCUCCUUUUACGGCUGCGCUUUUCCAAAAUUAUUGGUGCUACCCUUCAGAAGCCACCUGAGUGGGACCAAUCCUCCAAUCUUGGCAAGUCCGGGAGCAAGUUUUGGGAUAUCAUUUCUUUUAUUUCCAAAGAGGGACAUAGGGAUCAUCCAAAGCCUGGUGAUGUGACCAUUAGUUCUGCUAAAGAUUCUAUUGCCCUCCCUGCACCACUAAAUACACCUAAGCUUCAAAGAUAUGUAGACACAAUGGAAAUUAUCAGAGGGCCAGGAGACACUCCAGGGUAUUGGGUUGUUUCCGGAGCAAGGCUUUCUGUACACAAUGGGAAAGUAUAUCUUCUUGUGAAGUAUUCACUCUUCAGAUUUGUUACACAGUCUGAGACCAACCCUUCCUAA